CAAAGCUCUUCUUCCCUAACCUUGUUUUACGAGCUUUAUAACUUCAUAGUCGAUAAUGCUAGUCUCAGAGACACCAAAGAGUGGUAUCACCACACUCCCACCGCCAAGAAGAGGAAUGUCCAGCCUCUUCUUCAUGUCAUCCAACAAAUCCCUCUCUUCUUCUCACUAUUCACAUUCUAGCUCUUUCGCUGGCACGACCCCUAGCCGCACCUUCUCCCUGUCGAUGAUGGAAGAGAACAUCGAAAAUGCUGAGGCUGUCAUCACCAAAUGGGAUCCAAGUUCCUCUUCGUACACCAAGGUUACCUUCAUCUUCCAGCAAAGCAGGAAAGAAGCCAAAGAGUACCUCAAAGCAGUCAAAACCUUGCGUAGCGCUAUGCAUGUUCUACUAGGUGAAAGAUUUCCAUCCAGCAAGAUUGUGAUUGCUCAGAAUCUGAUGCAACUAGCGAUGAAAAGGCUUGAGAAAGAGUUUUACCAGAUAUUGUCUGCAAGCCGUGAUCAGCUAGACCCCGAGUCAGUUUCAAAUCGAUCCUCAAGCAGAUCAAGCAAAUUUUAUGAUGAAGAGGCUGAGGGCCGAUCAGAUGAUGAGCUGGAUAUUGCUGGCGAGUCGAUAACUGAGGUUGAGAGAGCCUCAGUACUUGCCAUGUCAGAUCUGAAGUCAAUAGCUGAUUGUAUGAUCAGUUCUGGCUAUGGUAAAGAGUGUGCAAAGAUAUACAGGAUAAUCCGAAAGUCAAUAAUCGACGAGGGACUAUAUCACCUUGGAAUCCAGCGGUUCAAGUCUUCUCACAUUCAGAAGAUGGAUUCGCAAGCACUCGAUAAUGAAAUCAAGAAAUGGAUGAAGGCUGCAAAGAUUGCUGUGAAGACACUUUUUCAAGGAGAGAAAAUUCUCUGUGAUCAUGUGUUUGCAGCAUCCGAGACCAUCAAAGAGUCAUGCUUUUAUGAGAUAACCAAAGAGGGAGCAACCACCCUAUUCAGUUUUCCUGAACUCCUUGUCAAGACCAAGAAAGUUUCAGAAAGAAUUUUCGGGCUAAUGGAACUCCAUGAAGCAGUCUCUGAUCUUUGGCCUGAAACUGAAGCAGUAUUCUGCUCUGAAUCAACAUCUGGUAGCAAACUACAAGCGCUUUCAUUAUUGCUCAAACUUGGAGAUUCUGUCCGUUCUAUUCUUUCAGAUUUUGAAUCAACCAUUCAAAAGGACUCUACAAAAAUUCUAGUCCCUGGGGGCGGGGUUCACCCACUUACUCAAAAAGUGAUGAACUAUCUAACUUCACUAGCAGACUACAGCAUAAUUCUCUGUGAUAUUCUUGCUGAUUAUCCACCACCAGCAAACUCUUCAUUUCAUGAAACCUCCUUCAAGAGCUCAAUGCCAGAUGAAGGUUCAACACCAGCAGUGUCAGUCCACCUAGCUUGGCUCAUUUUAGUUCUUUUGUGCAAGCUUGACAUUAAAGCUGAGAUUUACAAAGAUGUGGGUUUGGCGUAUCUCUUCCUUGCCAACAAUCUUCACUUCAUUGUUGAGAAGGUGCAGCAAUCACCCAACCUGAAACUCCUCCUCGGUGAAGAAUGGGUAGCUGAACACAUGAAGAAGGUUAAACUAUAUGCUUCAACCUACGAGAUCACAGCCUGGACAAAGGUUUUAUCAUCCUUACCAGAGAAGUCAUUCGAAAUGUCUACUGAAAUGGCAAAGGAGUGUUUUAGAAGGUUCAACAUAGCUUUCGAAGAGGCAUAUAGGAAACAAACAUCCUGGAUCGUACAGGAUAGGAAGUUGAGGGAUGACUUGAAGGUGUCCAUAGCGCAGAAACUAGUACCAACAUAUCAAGAAUUUUACGACACAUACAUGGUGAUGCUGACUGAGGAGAAAAAUUUGGAGUUGCUUGUAAGAUUUUCUCCUGAUGACUUGGGCAAUUACUUGUCAGAUUUGUUCCACGGGACUUCUAUCUCACUCAGUCCAACAUCUUCAUCGUUUCCUCCGCGGAGCUGCCUCCCUCUCUGAGAUGAUUUAAGACUACUACAAUUCAAACUGAACUAUUUUGAUAUGGCUAGUGAAGAUAGUGAGAAUAAGAACAGCCAACUUUCUCAAACUAUAAAACUAUAUGACAUCAUUUUACAAUACUAUCCCAUCAACCCCUCCUAUUUAUGACCCUGUUGCUUUGGCUCAGCUUUGAGACUACCCAGGUUUAAUUCAAACAGAAUAAUGAUCAUACAAAUGUUAUAUCCUGUUUGACUGGUUGAUAUUUCAAUGUCAGAAAUAUAUCAAAGCCGAUUAUGAUAUGUAA